GAUUGUUCCAAGAAUCUUGUUUUCGCCGCCAUAAUUGUCUCGCCAUGAUGCAUCUCUGGCUGUAGCAUAGACCGCAAGCUGUAAGUCAAAAUAUUUGCUCGCAUUUCGCGAAGUCGGUUGUUUUGUAGAGUAGUUGCGUCAUACAUUGGACCGUUAACUUGUUAUCGAGUCUGGGCUACUACAUACAGCCUUCCUCGAAUAAUAUUAGCUGCGAUGUAAUUCAACUGCUAACCAUGGAUCUAGAAUAUCGAGGGUCCACUCGAAGGACUCUCAGACUCGAGAACCAUCAUGGCUGGCAAUAACCAGGCGAGCUUCAGCUCUAUCCAAGAAAGAGUUUGGCAGGGUAAACUGCCCUUAGAAAUUGUCCUAGACCCAUCAGAAUGUCGGACAUACGAUCAAUCCGAUCCAUAUCUCCUAUCAUAUCCCCGCGUCUCAUAUCUACCUUUUUUACUACCUAGACUUCAUUCAUUUUUCGGGCCAUUGCUCAUCAAUCAUGAAACCCAAUCACAUUCUGGAUGGUUCUCGUUUGAAGGAGUGCCAUUGAAAUGGCACUAUCCCCUGGGUCUAUUAUACGAUAUCUACUCUGGCGCAGAACCCGUUUCACGAGCGACAUUGACAGAACAGAAUAUGACCCAGUCUGUCAUCCUCGGGGGCAUAAAGCCUAAUCAGCCAUCAGGUGAGGAUAGUGACCAAGAUGGCAGUUCCAAGCCUGGCCCCCUACCGUGGAGACUCACAUUACAUUUCGAAAACUGGCCUGAUGACGACCUCGUACGCCUUGAUGCUGACGGCCUUGUCAUGCAUGAUGCCUUCAUUAAUAAUGUGAAAGAGGCAGAUGCCUUGCGAAUCCGAGAUGCCAAAGGUAUCAUGACGCUAUCAAAAGAAGAUACUGCUGGGUUCUGGAACGCAGUUCAAAAUCAUGACCUUUCAUCUUACCGGCGUAUCGCUAAUCUCAUACUUCCAUCACCCUCUCAACCAUUCCGCAACGUCCCCGUCCGCAUCUUCCUUCCAUUAUCACCAGAUUCCGACAGACCAGCUUUGAAGGUCGUUCAAUCACCUCUGCCCCCUUCAAUGUCAGCUUCCACGACAGGCACAGCUGCAUCUGGUCGGACACAACUGCAGACCGUUGGAUCAGCUCUUCACACUCUCUUGCCUAACCUAUUCCCCAGUCGCCGAAUACCUGUGUUGGCAAAGCCGGUCUUGCACGGAGUUGCGUUACCGAUGACCGCGCCACUGGAGGAGGUAGCACGUAGUGCUGCGUAUGUGGAUGGGUGGGUGGCUAUCGUUAUAUGUAUGGUAGGAUAGACUACAAAACUGCUGUUCCUAGAGAUCCUACAUGUAGGGUCAAUUGAAUAAAUAUUCGU